UGCUCAUACACGGGUUUAGUUAUCAGUAUAAAACUGAUGGCCUCCAGCGAUCACUGUUUCACUAAUUGUAUAGAACAGCCUCGAGAGUGAUCAAUUUUAUUGCAAGGUCUUUCCAGAAUGAAAUCGAAACUGCUAACGGUGUUGACUCUUGUCGUUCUGCACUUUCACCCGGGAAAAUCAACUUUAGCCCCCGUACUGAGUGUUUGUUCCCGCAAUGACCCAAAUUUCGAAAAGUGUGUCAUGGAGGUGGUGUAUCGGAUAAGGAAAAACGUCGCCGAUGGCGAUUACGGAGAUGGCCGGCCGGCUCCGAAGCUCGAUCCGAUGAACUUCGACCUGAUGAAGAUCGAUCGGGGUCCCACGUUCCACCUGAAUCUGAUCAACGUGACCAUCCAGGGGGCGAGUGAUUUCAACAUCAAGAAAAUUCGAGACAAUUUACCCGAAAGGAAGUUUGUUAUAACGACGGUGAUACCGGUUAUGAAUAUCAAUGGAAAAUACGAUAUGAAUAUGAACAUACUGUUGAUGCAGGUGGCCGGAACGGGUGAUUUCCAUUUGCAACUGAAUGACACCGUUGCCAAUUUGAAGAUGGAGUACAAAGUCACCCCGCAGGAUGGUAAAAAUUUUGUGCGAUUCGAACCGGUUGAGCUGAAGCUGCGAUUCCCGAAGGCAAAGUUCCAUCUGACGAAUCUGUUCGGUGGUGAUCCCCAGCUGGGUGAAUUCGCUAAUCGGGCGAUCAAUGAGAAUCCCAGCAUCCUACUGGAUGAGGUUAAGCCGGCGUUUGAGAAAAAUCUGGCCCGAGUUUUCACGGACAUUUCCAACAGUGUUGUGGUGGGUGCUGAAGAAUCGGAAUUGCUACCACCGUAGGAAGGAAGAUUUGCACGAUACGCUAAUGAAAUUAAAUAAAAAAAA